AUGGCGAUUUCUACCAAUUUUCUUCUUCUCCUGGUGGCAAUAUCCGCCAUGAUGCUAUCUGCUUUCAUCAUAUCGCCGGCUGCUGCCUCUAGCGGCGGAGAUGAAUUUAUCUGGAUGUCCAAGCAGGGAGGAGGAGGAUGCAAGGGGUCCAUAGCCGAGUGUCUGGGAUCUGGAGAAAUGGAGAUGGAAUCGGAAAGCACUAGGCGUAUAUUAGCGACGACUAAUUACAUAAGCUACGGAGCGCUGCAAGGGAACAAUGUCCCGUGCUCGCAGAGAGGUAGUAGGGACUGA